AUGGAUAGCGAUACAUGGUCUAGCGAUCAAGAGGUCAUCACGCGUCCAUCUUCACCUAGAUGGACCGUAUCUAAAAUUAAGAAAUUAAUUGCUGAGGUAAUCGUAAUUGUCAAGGUGGCUGAUCAUGAAGUCCUAUGGAGGGUUUGCCACCCUAGAUAUAGGGAUAGAACGGCCAAGGCCGAUAAUUGGCGAAAAAUUGGCAUGGAGUUGAGACGAGUUGGCCAGCGUAAACUUAACGCUGUUCUUGAUACGCGAACAGCUCUCAUACGCCACUUGAUUGGAGAAAGGGAAGCCAUGAGUGAUCCAGAAAUUUUACAGCCCUCUAGUUCAGGAGCUGCAGAUGUUCCUUGUUCGAGCAGUUCUAGUAGCGAUGAACCUGCUGAACUGAUUACACGUGGUAAAAGACAUUUAUAUUGCGAAGAUUUUGAAGUAGCAACAACUUACUUCCAAGAAGCAUGUGAGAAACUAGCAGCCAAAUACGGCCAGGUUGCUGACGAAUGCGGUGAAGCUUAUUUUUAUUAUGGUAGAUCACUACUAGAAUUGGCGAGACAAGAUGCAAGCCUCUUUGAUCCUACCAACGCUACCGGUAAAGCUGCAGCGGAGGAUGCUGAUGAUAGUGAAGAUAGCGAUGGCAAUAACGUAUCUGCCCUACCAGUAGCGACAGCCAAUCUUGACCCUGGAUGGGGAUCCUCAAGUCAAGAUGACUGUGAAUGUUGCAGUGGUAACAAUGAUACCAAUGCAGGAGAUAAUAUUGCGAAAGAACAAAUUCCCCAAGCAGUUGAUGAUGAUUCCGGUGAUGAAGAUCAAGGAAAAGAAGAUGCAGGAGACACCAAUGUUUUACAGUUAGCUUGGGAAAUGUUGGAGCUUUCACGUAUUAUUUACUCGAGGAAGGACAAUAAGGAUUCGAAAUUGCGUUCAAGUGAAAUUUAUCUCGAACUGGGACAAAUUGGUCUAGAAUCCGAGCAAUAUGAUCAAGCUAUUAUUGACUUUAAAAGUGCCUUAAGUUUACAACUGCAGACGUUAGAACAUUAUAAUAUUGCCCUAGCCUACUUAUACAACAGACAAUAUGAUGAAGCGGUAGAAUCCUUUACUGGCGCAGUUGCUGUUGUAAAAAAUAGAUUAGCAAACCUUGCAGAGGUUAUCGAGAAUCAUGGUGGCACUGGAAAAAAACCUGAUGAAUUAACCAAGGAGAGGAGAGAAGUUGAAGAAUUGCAAAGCAUUAUUCCAGAUAUUAAUGCAAAGAUCGAGGAUGCAAAAGAAGAAAAAAGACAGUUAAUUGCUAGUAGUGCUGCCAGCGUAAAGCAAUUAAUGGAGUCUGCGCUUGGUGAUAAUUUUGGUAUGCAAUCUUCUAGUUCUGGUAAUGCACAGGCGACAAGUAUUAAUCACUUGGUUCGUAGAAAGCGCAAAGAUGAAGAUAAUAAUGUAGAUGUGAAGAAAGCGAAACUGGAUGUAAUUACUCAAGAAGCGUCAACUGAAAGUGAAAGAGAAUCCGUACAAGAAAGCAAGGAAGACUAAUGUCAAUAACAUUAAUCUAAAUUAUACUUACAUUAAAAGAAUGAAUGUUGUUGGAAUUCUCAUAAAAUUGUGUUUAUAGUUUUGUCCGAUUGAAUUAAUCAUGUGUAAGGUAUUCAUCUCGAUUUAAUUGUUCGAAUAAGCGAAACCUGGUUGCAUGCGUUGCUAAGAAAAUUU